AUGCAGAAAAAAUCUUCCCUCGGGAUUACUAGCUUUCUCGAGGGAACGGAUGAAACAGCAUCUGCAUUGAAUUUUCCGCCAACAGAAAUUCUUCGAAAGCCAGAUGAUAAAUAUGUUGAAGCAGACAAAGACAAGUUAAUGACAUUUUUAUAUCCAUGCGACGUACCUCGGCGUAAUUAUCAGUAUGACAUAUCCCAAGCUUGUUUUAAAGAAAAUACACUCGUAUGUUUACCAACAGGUACAGGAAAAACAUUCAUAGCUUCAGUUGUCAUGAUGAAUUUUUACAGGUGGUAUCCUUCGAGUCUAAUCAUCUUCUGCGCGACUACACGUGCCUUGGUCGAGCAACAAAUUUCGGCAUGCAAUAGUUUUACGACAAUUCCUGAGGAUGAUACUGUAGUUUUAGUCGGAACUUCAAGUACAACACUUCGAAAAAUCGUUUGGGAUGAUUAUAGAGUCGUUUACGCAACACCUCAAACGGUUCAAAACGAAAUUAAAAAAGGAAAGCUCGAUCCAUGCAAAAUUUCCCUGAUAAUCUUCGAUGAAGCCCAUCAUGCGCAUGGUAAACAAUCGUAUGGCAUGAUUACGCGCAUGGUUGCCGAAAGAAGUUCUCAAUUUCGUGUUAUUGGCCUUUCUGCGACACCAGGAAGCAACAUUCAGCAAAUACAAGAUAUUAUUUACAACUUAAUGAUAUCUCAAAUCAUAUAUAAAGACGAUACAGACCCAGAUAUCGCUCAAUACCAACAUCAAACAGAUAUUGAGUACAUUACUGUUCAUGCUGGGGAUGAUGACGAAGCAGUUCGUCAUAAUCUUGAUGAAUGCAUACAGUUCAUUGCUUCUCCUCUUCAAAACAGCAAUGUUCUCUCAAUUAUGAAUUUAGAUUAUCUUACAAGAGGCAGUGUUUUCCUUUCCAUGAACAAAUACAAAGAAACAAGCCAAGGAGCACCCAACUUCAGCAAGAACAUGAGCUAUUUGACCAUUUUGUUAUCAUUAACCGCGAUGAAAGAAAAAUUAUUGAAGUACGGACCGAAUUUUCUUGACAAAGCCAUAAAAGAUUUCGAAAAUAAGCGCAACUCUAACGAAAGGAGGCAGCUAAUGGCAACUCCUGCAUACAUUGCGCUUGCGAAAUCUACAAAUCUUGCAAAAAGUUCAUCCCAUCCUAAACUUGCCAAGUUACAUUCGAUUCUCAGUGAUUUCUUUUCCACUAAGAAAGAUUCCCGAUGCAUUGUCUUCGCUUCUUUAAGAGAAGUCGCUGCCGACAUCGAAAAAAAUAUCAAAAACGUGCCAAAUGUAAACUGUCACGUUUUUACUGGAAAAGCUGCCACGGACGAUACAGAAGGAAUGACCGAUCACAUGCAGCAGACGAUUGUUGAUCUAUUUCGGAAGGGAACAUUCAAUGUUAUCAUUGCAACAUGUGUAGCUGAAGAAGGUUUAGAUAUUGGCGAAGUAGAUUUAAUUGUUUGUUACGAUGUUCAAGCAUCAGCAUUGCGAACUUUCCAAAGGAUUGGCAGAACAGGUCGUAAACGUGCUGGUCGUGUUGUUUUCCUUAUAUCAGAAGGUGUAGAAGAAAGAGCUCUUAAAAAAGCAUUGAACACAAAAACACAAGUUAAAGAUUUAUUGACAAAAUCAAUUUCAAGAUUUGUUUUGUACAAACCAUUAGUUCCUAACCUUCCUCUUCCAAAGGAAAUGCAAGCAAUCAAACUGAUGUGUGCAAAAGAAAAAGGAAUUGCGAAAUAUUUCGCUCCAAACCAGCAAAGGAAAAGUCAUAAACCAAUUCUAGGAUCAACAGAAGCUCUUGAGUUUAAGACUGUUUUCAACAAGUCUUUUAAAUUCAGGAAACCGAAAUUUGAUAUAAAAAUGGCUUCUUUCGGUAUCAGAUCGAAAUGUAAAACAUUUUCACAUUCCAGUGAAACAAUUAUCCUCAAUACUUUCGCAUAUAACUUUAGCGAAUCUCAACCUGAAUCUCUUGAUCAAAAAGUUGAAAAUUUAUUUGGACAAAAAUCAGAUUCAGAAAAUGAUUCCGACAUUGCUGAAAAAUCUGUUUUUUCUGUUCAAACAAUUGCGAAAAGCUCCGAGACAAGUGAUUCUGAGUCGAAUUCCACAUCAGAACUCGAAGAUGACAACAGUCAGAGCUUUUCAAAGUUUGGAAUAAGCAACAGUGUUCCUUUAGUCCAUCAACAAACAUUUUCUGACUUUUCUUCGCAGAAUUCUACAGCUACUUCGAAUAACAAUACAUCUACAUUGUAUGCUGAUAGUAGCAAUCCUUACACAUUUCGGAAUUCUGGUUUCGGAGAUUCAGAACCACAAGACAACAAAUUUUUGUCGAGUGACGAUGAUGAACAACAAAAUUCGGAAAUUCAGCAACAAAGUUUCUUGUCGGACAGCUCUGAAGAAAUCAACAUUGACCAGAAAUACUUGUCAGAUGAUGAUGACGAUGAAGAUAUAGAGUCAAUCAUUAAAGAAGCAGAAAAAGAAUAUAACGCUCAGACACAAAAUAUGAAGCAAGAAAUUCCUUCAUUGAUUGAUUCAAACUCAGAUUCAGAUUCAUCAGAUGUUGUUAUCGUUGGUGAAAAACAUCAUGGUGAGGAAACUACUUAUUUAUCAUCGUCCAAUGAUUAA